AUGGUUCUUUUAGGAUGGCUUAACACUGGUAGUAUGAUUAAUGCACGAUACUGGCAUAAAGCAUCCGUAUUAACAGAUGGAAAAGUGUUAGUUACUGGUGGAAUUGAUAGUAGCUUUUAUUUAAAUAGUGCUGAAUUGUAUGAUCCAUCAACAGAAACUUGGACCACGACUGGUAGUAUGACUAAUGCACGAAGUGGAUACACAGCAUCUGUCUUAACAAAUGGAAGUGUAUUAGUUACUGGUGGAUAUAAUGGUAAUGUAGGCCUAAAUACAGCUGAGUUGUAUGAUCCAUCAGCAGGAACUUGGACAAUAACAGCUACCAUGAAUAAUGCAAGAUAUGACCAUACAGAAUCCAUAUUAACAAAUGCAAAAGUAUUAGUUGCUGGUGGAAUCGGUAGUAUUUUUCUGAAUAGUUCAGAAUUAUAUUAA